AUGAGCUACCAGAAGGUCCCGGAAUCCUAUCCUCCACCAGGCAAGCCGGCCCCCUCCCCCCAUCUCUCCUCCGUCUUCUCCAAUCCCUGCACCGACUUCCGUUUUCUCGAUCUGAAUUCCCCGGUCAGAGAUCCCCUCCUCUUCGGCUCCAAUCCGUCGGCCACAGAUCGAGUCGUCCGUCACCCUUCUGGGAGUCGGCUCGGCAUGAAUUCACCGGGCAAUGCGGCGCCGGAUCUUCUCUCGGGUACUCGCAGCCGUACCCGCCGCCGCAGGCUCCACCGCAGGGGCCUUACUACCCGCCGCCGCAGCAGCAACCGCCUCCAGGGUACCAGGGCUACUUUAACAACGGCCAGCAGCCCUACGGCUACCCGCCGCCGCGCGAUGGACAUCAUCAUCACGGCCACCAUCACCACCAUGACGACCACCAUCACCAUCACCAUGGUCACCACCAUCACCACUACCACCACGAAGACGAUGACUGCUGCCUUGGCUUCCUGA